UGUUGCCUACAACGAGGUCGAAGAAUACCUUCAUCUUGCGACAGCCAUCCGUACGGACGACUUUUGUGACAGACAAUGACCGGCUAUGAAGUCACUUCGAUUCUUCGGCCUCUCAAUGACUGAGUGGCAACAUGGACAACAUUCGACUGUCGGCUGUUUUUCGCGCAGCGAGAGUUCGCUUAAAAUUUCCGUUCUUGGUCAGACAUGCGAAUCUUUCGAAAAUGCUUCCAGAAUCCAGAGCACUCUUGUCUUGACCGACAUCACUCUACAUACUGAUUACCCGGCAUCUCAUAUCCGAUAGACAGUCAAUUGACAUCGGCAUGCCCUCUCCUGUUGAUCCAGUGGCUCGACUGCUGGAAGAUGCCCCUGCUCUAAUUCUGGAUGGUGCGCUCGCAACUGAAUUGGAAAAUCGCGGAUUGGAUCUCAGCUCCAAACUAUGGUCUGCCAAAGCUUUGGAAGAGACACCGGAAGCCAUCUAUGGAGUCCAUCUCGACUACUUCCGCGCCGGUGCUGAUGUUGCCAUCACUGCAAGCUACCAAGCCACCCCUCUUGGCUUGUCAGAGCACCUGGGUAUGAGCCUCGAGCAAUCCCAGAAGCUCAUCCGAUGCAGUGUGGAGCUUGCCCAACAAGCACGCGACACUGCUCUGCAGGAAGAGAGAGAGAAAACUCCUUCCGCGAGACCAAGACAGCUCCUUGUUGCAGGAAGUGUUGGACCUUACGGCGCUUUUCUUGCAAAUGGCAGUGAAUACAGGGGUGAUUAUCAAUUGUCGAACGAAGAAUUCAAAAACUUCCACAGACCUCGCAUUGAAGCCUUGAUAGCAGCAAAUGUGGACAUCCUAGCUUACGAGACAAUCCCUUCUUUGCCCGAAAUCAAGGCUUUGAUUGAACUGCUCGAAACCGACUUCACAAACUCAACAGCUUGGCUGGGGGUGACCCUGAGAGAAUCGGACGCUUCUUUGUUGAGCGAUGGAUCGCCCAUGUCUGAGGUUAUCAGACUGGUCAACGCUUGUGAUCAAAUCGUGUCUGUCGGUGUCAACUGCAUCCCCGAACAGAACGUGUCGGCAGCUCUGGAUUACCUCAAGCCUUUGACUGACAAGCCUCUCAUUGUUUAUCCGAACUCGGGCGAAACUUGGAAUGCGGAAGCUCGCCAAUGGAACGGUCAACGAGCAGAAGGAAAGGAGCACGCUGAAGUUGUCCAAGAAUGGUUUGGCAAAGGUGCCAAGUUAAUUGGAGGCUGCUGUCGUACCGGCCCUAAAGACAUUCAGAACAUUCGGGACACUCUUGCGUCUUCUUGAGGACUUCAGUUGUUGUCGUCCUUAGUAUUGUUCGAGAGUCAAGGAAUUCGAUUGCUUCAAACUGGAGACAUCGGCCACUGUGUUGGCUCGUUUAUGGCGCCAUAUAAACUGA